UUGGACAUGUUGGAAAAUAUGGCGACUUCCACUGCACGUCGUCUGAAAUAGCGAUGCUAUUGUUGACUUGAAAAUACUUCGAUUAUCGCAAUGUAUUUUCCCGUGGGGUGGCCCAAACAUCUAGACGUGCCUUCUGUCAAAGCAGAAGCAGUCCAAGAGGUUUUAGCUUCACGGGACAGAUCACUUUUUGCUGUGGUUACUUCGCAGUCCAUUCAUAUCUGGCAGUGCAAGCCCUGUGUCCUGGUGGUGACAUACAGACGAUCAGAUGAUUCUCUCAUUGUACUGGGAACCAACCAUUGUGUUCAGUGGCGACCAGACUGCACUGUCUUGGCAGUUGGGACAUCCCUUGGUCACUUGCUUCUCUUCAAAGUACAACACGAAGGUGGCCAGAAACUCUUCUCUACAAAACAAUCCAGCUCCACCCACUACAGGUGGGAUGCGACCGAAGCUGAUACGAAUGCAGUUCCCAUGCUGAAGAUCUCAUACUCCUAUACAUUACAGAUACCAGGCGGCGUCAACAGCCUGUGCUGCCUGAAGGAUGACCUCUUGGUUGCUACUGGCAACGGCCUGUUGAUGCGAGUAGGAUGGGAUGGCAGUUGCCGUAACUUGAUGGAUAUAUCAAUCAGGGCCAUUCCGUUCUCAAUAGACUUGCAGCAGUCCCGAGAGUCAACAUUGGGUGACACCACCCUGUCCUUCAAGCAGUCUGAGUACAGCAUGAUCCUUGGAGGCCUGGCCGUCGUCCUGUCAGAUGGUAGAGCAGCUUUCCUGACCGCAGAGAACAGCAAGUUUGAACCAAGAGCAGUACAUGCAGUCUGGGCACCAGACAUCACCACUGCAUGCUGCGUCGCCAUCAACCAUAAGUAUCGUCUCAUCGUGUACGGCCUGUCCAAUGGUCAAGGUGUGGUUUUUGCUGUUGACGAGGUAACUGGUGCCCUGCUGUUGUCACAUCGGUUAACACUCUCCAGUUCUGACUUUCCAGAUGGUUGCCAAGCAGCGGGGCCUGUUUCCAUAGUGAAGUGGACCCCCGAUGGCUGCGCUUUGGCCUACGCCUGGCAACAGGGCGGAUUGGCUCUCUGGAGUGUCUUUGGAGCAUUGCUCAUGUGUACUUUCAGCGGAGAUUACGGGCUUUGUCCAGAUACAAGCAGGCCUUACCCACUGCACGUUCAGUCCAUGGAUUGGGAUCCAGAAGGUUACAAUCUGUGGCUGACGACCGCUCCCCAGUCCAGCCAAGACAGACGGACUUCUGGUGCUGGUAUACCCUUCCCACCUGUCGUUCAGCAGCCCGAUCAGCUAGCCGGGGAGUUACUGUUGGUAGCGUUUGUCAAAAGCGCCCUGACCACCAACCCUUGCAUGUCCAACCACGAGCACUUGUUUCUGCAAGGAGAAGACCGGUUAUAUCUGAACACGGGCGAUACGAUACUGAAGACAGGUCAGGCUGACGUCCCGUUGGACCAGAGCCCAGUCUCAGUUCCUUCACAGGGUAAUGCACCAGUUUCAGUUUGUGAGCCAUCGGGGAGUAGUGUGCUGAUUGGCAACAAACAGUGGCAAAUCCUGUCCUUACCGUACAGUUACAUGGCCAGCAACUGGCCGCUGAGGUAUGCAGCUGUGGAUCGGUCUGGCCACUGCGUAGCCAUAGCCGGUCGGUUUGGCUUAGCUCACUGCACCCUCUUCGCCAAGCGUUGGAAGCUGUUUGGUAACGUCACCCAGGAGCGCGACAUGUCCGUCAGCGGAGGGGUGACGUGGUGGAGAGACUUCUUGGUGCUGUCCAGUUACAACCACUACGAGAGUCGGCAUGAGUUGCGGUUGUAUCCCAGAGUGUGUAACCUUGACAACAGCUUUGCCUGCAUCACCAAGGUGCCUUACCAAGUCCUCCUCCUCAACGUCUUCAAGGACCUGCUCAUUGUCUUCUGCGUGGACUAUCACAUCUCUCUUUACAGCAUUGAACGCAAGGAGAAUACAGCAAAUCCAAGUGCCAGCAUUAGCAGGAUUCAAGAUCUUUCUCUUGCCAACUUUGUGCCUCAUCCUACCUCCUUGGUCUCUCUGACGCUCACUUCACUCAGAUCAGAGACAGUUUCUCCCGAAUUGGCCAACCACGUCAAAGAAGCGGAGAGUCUGAUCAUCAACGUAGCCGGACGGUUACUGAUGCUACAGAGGGAUCACACCAAAACCCCAACACUGACCCACGCUCCCCUAGACAGACGGAAACACAACGAGAUGCCAUUCUGUGCCCCGGUGGUGCUAGCAUCUUCUGUAGAGAACAUCUGGACGACGUCUCGCAGCAAUCGGGAAAAACCUCACCUGAUGGAGGCACUAUGGAUUGGAUGUGGUGCCGCCGGCAUGAAGGUGUGGCUACCGCUGUUUCCCCAGAAUAACGCCAAGCACCACCACAGCUUCUUGUCCAAACGAAUCAUGCUGCCGUUCCAGCUGAGAAUCUACCCUCUUGCCGUACUCUUUGAAGACGCCGUGGUGUUAGGGGCGGCUACGGACACCUUGAGCUGUGAGCCCCAGACACCUUGCAGCGCUGACAGUAACAAGCCAACGAUCCUGCCAUUUACAACAUUAGAACGAACAACUCAGAUCUACCUGCACCACAUCUUAAGACAGUUAUUGAGGAGAAAUCUUGGCAUGCAUGCGUUGCAGAUAGCCCGGAGUUGUAAGUCUCUACCGUACUUCCCUCACGUCCUAGAACUUAUGCUUCAUAGUGUGCUUGAGGAGGAGGCUACAGCAUCAGAACCUAUUCCUGAUGCUCUCCUUCCCCGCGUGGUUGCCUUCAUCGAGGAGUUCCCCCAGUUCUUACAAACCAUCGUCCACUGUGCCCGCAAGACUGAGAUAGCUCUCUGGCCGUACCUCUUUGGGACCAUCGGAAGCCCUCAAGAACUCUUUGAGCAAUGCAUAAAAACUGGUGCCCUGCAGACUGCUGCUUCUUACCUGCUCAUCCUGCAGAAUCUAGAGCCUCCUAAAGUCAGUCGGCACCAUGCUACACAGCUCUUGGACGCUGCACUUGAUCACUGUGAGUGGAAACUCUGCAGAGAUCUUCUCAGGUUUUUACGUUCCAUCAGUGCCACCGACUUCGAAGUGGCUAGGACUCCGCCCCCGAACCUAAACAAUUCCAUCGUCUUCCCCCUGGGUAGCCCCAACCCGCUGCCGACCAAAGAGGGCGUGGCUAGUCUUAAGCGGGGGAGGCACUCCAGCAAAGGGGGCCGGAUUGGCAUGCCGGUGAAUGAGAAGCAGGAGGUGGUGCCGGAGAAAAGCCGUCUGUCCUCCCAAUCCAAGCCAUCAUCUUCCCAGUCCAAGACCACGGACCAAACCACAUCUGUGGAGGAGUACUUUGUGGACGUCAUUCUCAAUCGGCAUGCCCGGAAACUCCUCACCUCCUUGAGGCUGCGGGACCUCGGUCUUUGCGCGGCCUACCUGGACUUCAAACUGCAGGCCUGGCUGAUCAAAGAAAGGGGACGCGUGGCCAAAGUUGAAGACUUCGAGGCCGCCUUGAAGCAGCUCCAUCAAGACUUCCAGUGGCCUCUGCCUACCCUGUCCACCGGGUCUGCCUCUAUAGGCAUCAACGUUACCAAGAGUCCCAGUUUACUUGUCAAGUCGUCACCGCCCACCGCCGCUACCAUGCAAGCCCAAAUCAAUGGUCUGAAGCUGUCCAGUGAUCCCGAGAUGGACAAGCCCCACCUACCAGCCCACCCAGCGGGCCUUCGAAUACUCAUCCGACCUCACAGCUUUACGUCGGAUAGCACGCACAGCGAUGUCCGAACCGAAGAGGCUAUUCUCAAAUACCCUUCAGUCAAAGGUUCCGAUGACAACAGCAUUGGUACCACUGAGCCUUCGGAGGGCAGUUCCUUGUUUGGGGAGGGAGAGAACCUACUUGAAGACAGCAUGUGGAGCAGCAGUGCCAACCUGGAAGAACUGGAACAGUUUUACCUGCAGCUGAGUCAGAGCGGCCCCAGACAGUCUGACAAAGAACUCAGGUAUCUAUUUGACAUCUUCCUGGCUGCUGUGUGUCUGGAGUGGGCUCUCCUCAUCGCCGUCAUUCUCAGGGAUAUUAAGCUCGUCUCCAAGGUCGUCACGGUAACCACAGCCUCCGAAGUGACCCUGGAUGUUGUUGCUCGCAUGAGGGAGGGGCUUUCGUUCUUGGAGCUGUGGGCGGAAUCAGAAUGUCCAGGAUACAAGCCCCUGUUUGUAGCCAUCCGUCCCCAGGCCCAGGUACUAGCCGAGGCGGUGGAGAAGGCUGUCACCCCUCCCCACACGCCCCACUCCCGGACCUCCUCCACCUCGGACCAGUCGGUGGGCCACCAGGAGAUCAAGCGGCUGGCCUCCCACGGCAGCGGGGCCAUCUCGGAGCACGAGCUGUCCCAGGAGGAGGUAUUUGAGGAGGCGGGGCCGAACAAGGAGGGGGAGGAGAGUGGGUGCCUCGUCUCGUGAUGGUGGAGACCAGUCAAGAUUGUUGUCUCUGUCAUCGGUAGGUUGUGGCGCUUAGGCUGAGAAUUAUACGGGAUCAUUGUCAAGGAGAUAACUUGGCACUUACAACAGGAGAGGCUUAAAAAACAGUCUGGAUUUUAUUAAUGUUGUUAAAGUUUUAUUUAUUUAUUAUAUACUUAUUUUAUUGGGGGGUGCUUGCUUAUUUGCAUUUUGAAUUAGAAUGUAAGGUCAUUAAAGCAUGUGGGAAUCUAACCAUUUGACCUUUAAUCAUUAUUAGCAGUAACACACCACCGCCCAGGUCCCCCCAAUUUUGAAUUAUAAACUGUACACAGCCGAUGCAUAAUCCCCACCCUGAUAGCUUUCGGUGCCCCACCCAUCUCCCAAACAAAUUUGUUCAAACCCCUCCCCCUUCCCCCCUGCGUGCCUCUCUAGAAAUUCCACCCAAAUUAUGCCCCUGAUUAGUAAGAUAGUUAUUGAAAUUGACUGCCACAGGACUUGAGCCGGUGACCUCAUCUGGAGGUCACGGAGAUCAAAUCCAAGUGAGUCAAAGGAUUUGACUUCAGCUUUAAAUUCCUUGAGGCUGGUUCAUGCCUCCUGCAAAUUUAAAAUGUAGCAAAUAGAGAGAAAAAACUCGCGUGCGAACCCUUAUUGUGGGGGGAGCCUUGUUUUGUACUUGUUAUGGUGUUCACCAUUUGUAACAUGUAAGUCUUCAGUUUGUUUUUGUCGGAAUAACAGUAUUAAUUUCAAUGCAAAUUUACAGCAAACUGAAACAUUACACUCUCUGCAAACUUUUUUUUUGAUAACUCUGGGAAAGCUAGAACUUUUUUUUUUUGGUAAAUCUCGAAGUUCAUAUGCAGUUGUCAAGAAAAACCUCUAAAUCCACAGUGCUUGCUAAGCUAACAAAACAACUGCUCAGCAAAAGUGGGUUACCAGCCUAUUAGUCUCACUUUGUGAAUUUCGUGUGACUAGUUCCCAUCUGGGGUCUUGGCUGGGGAUAUAAACAUUCUGAGCAUUGUUUUUUUAGCGUAUCAUCUCUUUGAAAGCGAGCCCAAAUUGUAUUCCAGGUGCACAUGCAAAGAGUUACUAGUGGCAACUUUUUGAAAUGUCCCUCCCAAGUAACAUUCCUCUUGACCAAAUUUAAUCAGUUGGAGCAACAGAGGGCGCUCUACAUCGGGGUUUCUAAAUAAUCAGAAAUAUCGUUUUUAUUAAUAUUAAUAAUACUAUUAUGAAACUGCCAAGUAUUUUGUUUUGGAAGCAUGAACUUUACAUGAAUGGGUGUCCAAAAGGGACAUCAGCAUUACACCACGGCCAUGGAAUCAUGAUUUUUUAAAUUUAACUUCCAAAGCAUAGAGAUUUGCUAGCAGUACAUUUUCUGGGGAAGCGGCAGGUAACUUUUUAAAACUUAAACUGGUUAUUUACAGGUCAGGAACUGCAGUGUCUCAAAGCUUAACUGCAAGGAUUAAUAGCUACUAGGCAGAAUGAAUCCAACUUCUGUAGACUCUAAGAAAACACUAAAAACGGUACUUUAGUACCCAAGGUUGGGAGCAAUGUGCCUGUUCAGUUUUCCAACGGAGUAUGCUCACAAUGAAGCGCGGCUGGGGUAUAUUUCAGAUCCACAUGUGAGGUCUACUCUAUUAGCACAGCUGUAAACGUGCUCAUGCGCGUCCCAUAUGACCUUGCUUUUUUGAAACACUGAACUGGCUCCUUGAAGGGCACUUAAAGUUCACUGGUUCCCCUCACACUGUAUGUGUACAGUCGUUUACAUUUUUGCGAAUUGAGAUAUACCAGGGAAGAAAGAGUCCAGUGAGAUAGGCUGGUACCACUCUUCCCAUUGUGUUUGAAACUUCAAAGGGAAGGAUUGGGAGCCAGUCUAGAAGUUAGAGCUCUGACUUCACUGGUCAACAUGUUGUUAUCACUCUUUUAACAUUCUAAAAUAACGGCGUUCCAGGGAUAGUCAUUACCUUAUUUGACGGAGUAACAUCCACUCAGAUGUAGAACUAGUAUUGACAUACCGCUGCCCAUAUGUACAGUCAAUAUUUUCAAAAUGGUGCUAAAAAAAUUUAUUUUGUACAACUUUUAAGGUAAUCAUGUAAUGGUAAGCAAUGUACAGGUUUGCUCAAGCCAAUUGUAAAUUUGAACAUGUAUAUACAGUGUAUGGUAUUGUCUAAUAAUUUAGUGAUGGAUUUUGAUGGAAUUUGCAUGCACUGUCAAGGUUCUAUGAGAAGCACAGGUUGUGAUUUCUGGUUUUGGAAUGGGAAAACACAGAUCAGAAGGAAUUGAUUGCUCAAAUUACAGCCAAACCGAGAACUGUUAUGAAGGUCGGCUGCGGUUGUUUCCAGAUCUUUCAAAAUCUUGCAAAAUCCAUCUGGUUUUGUAGGGAUUUUAUGACAGAGUUUAGGAAGGUAGAGCUGAGCAGUUCUGUACUUAUCGUUUGGGUUGGUGUCUCUUGAAAGUCAAAUGACCAAGUAUGUGUCAUUGGUUUCCUGCAGAGUUGAGGAGUUUUGGAGCAUUCAGGAAAGAUGCUGUCAGAUCUAGGGUUCAAAGCCAUGGGUUUAUUUUCUGUCAAGGUUUCCUUGGAGAGGAGAGUGUGGUUUUGACCGAACGCUGUUGAAAUCACAUCUCUUGAACUUUCUUUUCCUUCGCGGAGUGGAAAAGUUUCAGUUUCUGUAAUGUUUCUCUCGAUUUGAGCAUUAAUACCAUUAGAAUUUGCCUUGGUAACUGUGUACAUGAACAGCAAAGUCAGGGGUUUUAAAGGAAACUUUAAAAUUGCUAAAUGAGACUUCCCUGGAUGGUUGGUUCAGGCCCAUCACCACUCCAAGAUAAGCUGACAAUAAUGUUUCUGGAACUGUAGCAUAUAUGUGACUUUGAGCUGUGUGAGCCGUCAGAUUGUUUGGCACUGUGGUGUCCUGUGCAUAUGUUUGUCACACCAGCAAGCAUUCUCGUCAGAUUGGCAUGUUCCAGCAUGGAAUUUAUUUCUAGUCAUGCUAAUUAAUAUUAAUAAAAGGGCCAUCUGCAUGUACAUUACACCUCGUGUGGUCAACAUGGAGCACAGUGAGUUGGUGUGAUUCUGUUGAGAAAUAGCGUCAAACUUGCACAACCUUGUGUUCUAUAGGAACAUGCAGUAAGCUCGUUAACUUUCUCUGUAUUUCUUUGUUAUAGUUCAGUAAAUAGUUGUAAAUUGGUUAUUUAUUGCAUUCUUUUGCAGAGAAAUUAUUAUGGUUGGAUGCUUUAUUGUGUUGCUUCCGUGUGCUAUUUGAGGACAGUAGCCCAAAAGAGGUAUAUUGCAUGAGGUGGUACAUCAUGAAAAGGCAAUUGUUGAAUAGUUUUGAUUGUAAUCUGUUGCUUUCAGCAAUUCAGCAAUAGACCAUUUUCACCCACGUGACUGGAAUGCUCUAAAUGUAAACAGUACCACCACAUGUGGACUGCCCUGGCCACAGUGAUCGCAUAUAUUUCUACGGGCAGCUUCAACCACGUGCAAGCGAACGUGCGAAUGCUAGUUCACCUUGAAUAGGUAGAUUAUCAUCACAGCACUACGCACUCAUUACCAUCACAACACAUUGCAGUCCAGCACGAUCGAGACAUCACAGCAAAAAGAUCUAUAGAAGUGGUCUUUGCUUCAACCUGCGCUGUCCCAUUUUGUUGUGUUGCUCGUUUUGUACGUGUUGAAGUCCUUUUUCUCAUGACUUGUUGCAAACUCUGUGCUGUUGAAUCUAUGUUGUAUUCUGUUGCUUUGUUUCAAAUUCCAUUCUGUUCUGUGCUGGCAUACCUAGUUCUGUGUUGCUAUUUUGUGACGCUGUGUCCAACUAUUGUUUUUCUGUUCUGUUUCUAUUUUCUUGAAUGUUAUAUUUUGUUUCAUCCUAGUCCGUUACCAUCUAACUUUCCUCUAGUUAGUAUCCCCUUUAUUGGUGAUUUUCUUCUCUUUUCUCUUAUUCAUUUCAUUCUGUCCUUUACUUUGUGUCUUCCUUGUUUUUUUUCUUCACUGCUCUUUCAACUUUUGUCAGGUGUUCAGCCCUGCUCUGCAAAGUUCUUUUUUAUCAGUUUUCUGCCAACUUUCGUCUUCAAAUCCACUGUGUUUUUUUUUUAAUAUAUCAGUCAUUUAUUAUUAUUAUUUAGAAUCAGUUAGCAGUGACACUUUUUAAUUCUUCACUUUUGGUGUAACUUAUUAGUUUGAAAUGAGAUGUUUCGGUAGAGUUGUUAGUUUAGAAUAUUUGAAGUUUAUUCUUUUCAAAUGGGUAAGGGAAACAACUCAACAAUUAGAUCUAAGUGAGAAAUCAGAAUUUCUGGCAUUUUCUGGAAAAAAAACUUGUCCAUUGUUUUAUCACCUGCUGAAUAUGGUCAUUUAGCAUUUUAAACAAGGGAAUGCAGUGGUCCCACCAACAAGUGCUGUCGCUUAAUCCUGGGAUAAUUUUACCAAAGACAAUUUGGCAAUUGAAAUGCAAUCCAUUUGUGUUUCUGGCUUGAAUUUUCAUGUGAUGUAUAUGCAAAGCUAACACUUUGUAUUCACCAAAAAUGAUCAUUUCAAAUUCGUAGUUGGAAUUAUGCACAUUGCAAAGACAUAUUUUCUAUAUAAUUAAAUUUCCGUGUUUUUGUUGUGUAGGAAGUGUAUAUAGCCCCAGUGAGACUGAACUGUCAAAUAAAAACAUUUUUAUCACAUG